AUGUCGUCCUCGUCGACGCGCCCUUCUGAGCGUACACCGCUCCUCAACGAUCAGCAAGACCGUCGUGACCAUGGCUCUACUCGCAGUAACGGCGAUGAGCAAAAUGCUGCCUCCUCGCAGGCUGGGCCAACUGACAUGCCCCCUCGCUCAGUGUACAUCCCAAUCCUCACCUCCAUCUGGACGGCCGUCUUCAUCUCAUCGCUCGACAGCACCAUCGUAGCUACUUUGGUCGGCAGCAUCGGCUCCUCCUUUGGCGCCUCGGAGCAAUCUUCGUGGAUAGGCGCGAGCUAUCUGCUUAGCCUUUGCUGCUUCAAUCCGCUGAUGGGGAGAUUGAGCGACGUCUUUGGGAGGAGAGGUGUGCUCUUGAGUUGCUUGUGCUUAUUCACCCUUGGGACGGCAGGGUGUGGAAUCGCUCCAAGCCUUGAGUGGUUCUUGGUUGCGAGAGUAGUGGCUGGCGCCGGAGGUGGCGGUCUGACUACGACGAGCAACAUCAUUAUGACGGAUCUCUUUCCGCUGCGGUCGAGAGGGCUUAUUCAAGGGCUCACCAACAUCGUCUUUGGCGCUGGAUCCGGGCUGGGCGGCCCAGUCGGAGGCUUCAUCAAUGACCUCCUCGGGUGGCGCAAGGCCUUCAUUCUCCAAGUGCCCCUCUUGGCGAUCGCAUUCACCCUUUCAAUCCUCUAUGUACGAGACGGUCGCGACCCAAACUCGGCCCAGCUCUGCCUCCCCUUCAAGGCCAAGCUGGGACGUGUCGACUUUCUCGGCUCCUUCACCUUGGUCACCACCGUCGCCUGUAUCCUUGUGCCACUCUCUCUCCUGUCCGGCGCAGAUGCACAGCUCAGCGAUCCCUGGGUGUGGGGAACAGCCAUUGCGGGGCUUGUGGGCCUCGCAGCCUUUGUCCUCACGGAAAUCUACGUAGCCGCAGAGCCUAUCCUACCAAUGCGUCUCCUUCGCUCCCCUACGGUCCAAGGUGUCUGCGUCACCAACUUCACCCUCUCCAUCAGCGGCUUCGCUACGCUAUACACCUACCCGCUCUUCUUCCAGGCCGUACGUCUGCAGUCUGCGAGCCAGGCAGGACUGCAUAUCAUUCCGUACAGCGUCGCCCUCUCCCUCUCCUCGGUGAUGGCGGGGGCGUACAUGCGGGCCACGGGACGUUACAAGAAGUACUGCGUAGCCAACACCCUUUUCCAAGUGUUGAGCUCCUGCCUCCUCUUCACUCUCAGCCCAAGCUCUCCAGAGUGGCUCACAUACGUGGCCAUCUUCCCCCUUGGCCUGGGAGGGGCAGGAAUCCUCGUUUCGACGCUCAUUGCCAUCAUCAACUGCGUGCCUCGCACUGAGAUGGCCGUCGCGACUGCGCUCACGUACCUGUUCAGGACGUCGGGACAGGUGCUCGGCGUUGGCCUCGGCGGAACUCUCCUUCAAUUCUCGUUGAGGGACGAGCUGGCGAAGCGCAUCGGAGACCCAGACCUCGUGCGCAGGAUCAGGCAUAGUAGCGACUUGAUCUCGCACCUGGAGCCGGUUCUGCAGCACGAGGCCAGUGAGGCAUACCUUGUGGCCACGCGCAGGGUGUGGGGCUUCUUGGUUGUGACGUCGCUGCUCACAUUCGCGGGGAGCCUAUUGAUGGAGGACAGGGAAUUGCCGGGACAGAAGGAGGUGACCGAGGGCGAGGGGGAAUCGCGAGAGGGUGGGAGCGAGGAUGAAGGAAAUGUGCCGCCUAGGAUGAGGGCUUAG